AUGACCCAUUCAUCCCCAAACCCCAAACCCACCCCCUUCAAAGAAGGCUCCUUCCUCCCCGGCGGCCACAACACCGACCCUCCCCUCCCAGAAACCGACCCAACAAUCGGCACAAAACUAAACCACUCGAUGCUCCGCAUCCGCGACCCAACUCGCACCCUCCACUUCUACAUCGACCUAAUGGGCAUGCGCACUGUCUUCACAAUGAACGCCGGCCCCUUCACAAUGUACUACCUCGGCUACCCGACUAGUCCCGAGGACCGCGCCGACCUCCUCUCCUGGGCGGCCAGGGCGUCGGACCCGGCUAACUUAACCCGGACGCUGGGACUACUGGAGCUGUUCCAUAUUCAUGGGACGGAGAGGGAGGUUGAGGACGGGGGCGUGGAGAUGGCGAAUGGGAAUGUGCCGCCGAAUUUGGGAUUCGGGCAUUUGGGGUUCACGGUUCCGAAUGUGAGGGGGACGGUGGAGAGGUUAAGGGAUGCUGGGGUGAGGGUUGUUAAGGAGUUGGGGGUUAGUACGAGGGAGAGUGUGCCGUUGAGUGAGUGGGAGGAGAAGAGGGGGGUUGGGUUGGGGGAGAUUCAUCCGAAUUAUAAGGAGUUUUUUGAUCAGAUUGCUUAUGUUGCCGAUCCGGAUGGGUAUAUUAUUGAGAUUCUGCCGCAGAAUUGGCAGUAA